AUGGCGAUUAUCCUCGUCAAGCACGGAAUAUGUGCUGUAAAAUUGAAUUAAAUUAUAGAGAAACUAGUUUUCUUUUUCUUGGAAAAUUUUAUUAUUAGUUUAACUUAAUUGAUGAAAACUUAUUUACAAAACUUAAACAUCCAUAAUUUUCUUGUUAAAACACUCGCCAUUCACAGCUAAGAAGUUAAUAAUAAUAGUAAUGAUGAUGUUUAUUACUCGGACAAAUCUCAAUAAGAUACAAUAUAUUAUAAAAUAAUAAAUAAAGAUACGUGAGAAAUUCGCUAGGAUUGCGAGCAAGUUGCAGCGAACUCGUCUGCGAACAAGGAACACUGUUCACUCUGUAGCCGGUACAUCAAAUGGCUCGUUCGCAAACUCGAAACAUAUUUCUGGAUCUGCUAUAUUCACAAACCGUGUUUGCUGGCAGUAUGGACAUUUCCGCGAACAGAGAAUAGUAUUGGCUCGAGAGGCGGUGCAUCAAAGAAUCUGUUCGUUUGUAAUUGCUUGUGAUCUGCCAGCGAACUGUUUGCGAGUUUCAAUGUGGACACGAUGCUGUUUUUCUUUUCUUCGCGAACAGUUCUGUCCGAUGUAGGCUCAACGUGCGUGGAAAAUUUUAGCGAAAGUUUUUCUCGUAGCCUUCUUAAUCUAUUCGGUAAAAAUUAUUAAUAAAAGUAUAUUUCUUAUGGCCAGUAAUAUAUGGUCAUAAUCUCGCAAGAGAUAGACUUACAAUGAGAAAUUGAUGCUGAAAUUUAUCCUGCUCCUUAUAAUAGUUUACUGCUCUUAGAAUCUGCCAAUAUAAGCAAAAAUUUAAGUACAGAGGGUGAUUUCGAUUAUUUGUCAAACUUUAGAAUUUGUUGGGAAAUCCAAAGAUCCCAUCCAAAGAUCGAUCGAUAUAAUUUAUUCUAACAUUACAAAUACUUCAAUUUUUUUUUAAUUUCAUAAAAUUGUAGAAUCUAGUUGGAGACAGAACGAUGAAUCUUGGAGUCUUCUUGCAUAGCUUCAAUAUUGAAAAUUAG